CCGUUCUGUCGUGCUUUCUACAGCACUCGACGAAAACAGGGGUUUUACGCGUGAUUAACACUUGAUCUUUUUUCCGUAGAUAAUCGUAGUCAGCACCGAGCAGUGGCACUACUCAUGGGCUCUAACUUCUUCUUCCUUGUCAUAAUAACGAUAUAAUAAUGGUCGUCUACUGGCCUAUUUGUCUGUGCACACAGGCCUGGUGGGGCUGCUUUUUUUCCUCUAUAUAAGCUGGGGCACCGCAGAGUAGCAGAAGUCGUUCACUAAAGCAGAGCAGACAAGUUCAGAAAAAGGGAGCGUGUGUAUUAUAUAUAUUUAUGUAACAAGUUAAUUAAUCGAAGAGCUAUGGAGACGGAGAAUCCUCAAAAGAUGAACAACAAGAUGGUUGGCGAAACAGACGAGGAGUUGCGCAGAUUUCCUACUCUGUCACAAGCGGUGCAGGAGCUGAAGGAGUUAUGUGGGAUCGGGCUACCCAUGACGGCGAUGAACUUGCUGGUGUACACACGGGCAAUGGUGUCGGUCUUCUGCAUGGGGAGGCUAGGGAGCCUAGAGCUGGCGGGCGGGGCAUUGGCGAUCGGGUUCACAAACAUAACGGGCUACUCUGUCCUCUACGGGCUGGCGACGGGCAUGGACCCGGUGUGCGGGCAGGCGUUUGGAUCAAAGAACUGGGCCCUGAUCGGACUGUGUCUGCAGCGGACGAUCCUGAUGCUGCUAUCGGCCUGCAUUCCCAUCGCACUGCUCUGGUUAAAUCUGCAGCGGAUAAUGCUGCGGCUGGGGCAGGACCCGGCUAUAACAGAGGUUGCCGGGGUUUACUGCUUUUAUGCUUUGCCCGAUCUUUUAGCCAACAGUCUCCUGCAGCCACUGCGCGUUUACAUGCGCUCACAGGGGAUCACCACACCCAUGAUGUGGUGCUCUUUACUCGCAGUCCUCAUCCACGUGCCGCUCACCCUGUUACUCGUCUUCGUAUUCCGCUUCGGCGUACAAGGCGUCGCCAUUGCCACUUGGUGUACCAAUUUCAACAUGCUGUUCCUGCUCGUCGCUUACUUGGCAUACACAGGGGUCUGCAAGAACACGUGGGUGGGGUGGUCCGUGGAGUGCCUGAAGCAGUGGUGGCCGCUGCUUCACCUCGCUCUUCCCAGCUGUUUUGCCGUAUGCCUCGAAUGGUGGUGGUACGAGAUAAUGACGCUCCUAGCAGGCUACCUGCCUUCCCCCCAGGUGACUGUGGCCACUGCUGCGAUCGUGAUCCAGACUACGUCAUUGCUCUACUCGUUUCCCAUGGCUCUGGGGUCCUCUGUUUCUACGCGUGUGGGAAACGAGCUCGGAGCUAGCCGCCCUGCGCGUGCACGGAACGCGACCAUUGUAGCCCUGGGAUGCGCGGUCUUGGUGGCCGUCAUGAGUCUGACGUGGACAACUAUCUUACGCAACCUAUGGGGCCGCGUGUUUACCCAAGACCAAGGGGUGUUGUCGUUGACUGCCGCGGUUCUACCAAUCAUAGGCCUCUGCGAGCUGGGGAACUGUCCCCAGACUACCGGAUGUGGGGUCCUACGUGGCAGUGCGAGGCCAGCUGUUGGCGCCAGAAUCAACCUCGGAUCGUUUUACUUCGUGGGGACGCCUGUGGCCUUGUUCUUGGCGUUCAAAUUGAAGCAGGGCUUCGUGGGCCUCAUUUAUGGCCUCGUUGCUGCCCAGCUGGCUUGUGCUUUGUCAAUUAUAGUUGUCAUCUUGAGGACUGAUUGGGAAUUUGAGGCCAACAGGGCUAAGCAGAUUAGCGGAUCUGAUGUUGCUGAGAAAUUUGAUGAAGAGCUAGGACUUUUAACAGAAAAAAUGUAAACAUAAAAAAAAAUCCAUUUAAAUAGAAUGUGUUGUAAAGAGAUAAUUAGACACAAGAUUAUCAG